UGUUUAAUGCAGCUUCGAUGACCGCCUUGUAUUAGUAUGUUAAAGCCAAUUCAUAAGAAGCUAUUCUUAGUUGUUUAUUUCAGUUCCAGGUUCCAGCCUCCGCAACCGCCUUGGUGCUUUUUCUAUAUAAAUAAACUUGUGCUAUAUACUACUCAACACAGAUAAUAAGUAAAUUGUUACAACCGCCCUUUACAAUAUCUUAUCUUAAACACUCUUCUCAUAUCUCUCUCACUCAAACCUACUUUCUCCUUUCUUUCUCUUCUGGAAACAAUUACUAAAGGAUGAGUAAACAAGACUUCUUGAAAGUUCAGAGCUGUGUUCUCAAGGUUAAUAUCCACUGCGAUGGUUGUGAGCAAAAAGUCAAGAAACUGCUGCAGAAAAUCGAUGGGGUUUAUUCUGUGAGAAUAGAUGCAGAUGAAGGGAAAGUGGUAGUGGCAGGAGAUGUGGAUCCAGCGAAACUGGUAAAAAAGCUAAAGAGGGGAGGGAAGCAUGCUGAGAUAUGGCAGAACCAGAAAGGAGAAAUGAUGUACAAUCACAAGUAUCCCAUCAACCAGAACAUGAUGCAACUUGGGGGAAAGGACAAUAAUAAGUCUCAAAAUCAAAAGGGUCAGAAAGAGAAAGGUGCUGGAGGUGUUGGUCAACUAGCACACUUCCCAAACAUUAAAGGGAUUCAGGAUCUCAAGGUACCUGCCAAGGAACAAAAAUCUGUCAAGUUCAACUUGCCAGAGGAUGAAUUUGAUGCCUCUGAUGAUGGUUUUGAUGAAUAUGACGACAAUUUUGAUGAAUAUGAUGAGGAAGGAUUAAGCCAUGGGCAUCCAUUGAAUCAGAAGAAGAUGAUGCCAAUGAUGGGGGAUGGCCGUGGGCCUCAUGGGCCUCCUGCUAUGAUGAAUGGGCCUGCCAUAAAUCACAACCAUAAAGGCAAUUCUGGUGGGAGUAGUGUCAAGAAAGCUGACGUCAUUGAUCAGGCAAUGAUGUUCAAGGGCAAAGGUGGAAAUUUCAACGAGGCCUAUGGAGGAAAGAAAGGUAGUAGUAACCAAAAAGUUGAAAAGAAGAAGGGAGAUGAUCAUAAGAAAAAGAAUGGAUUACUAGGUCGGUUUCUAGGCUUUGGGAAAAAAAAGAGCAAGAAGGGAGAGUUAGAAGAAGCAACUAAUACCAAUAAUAGCAAGAAUGGAGGCGAAAAUAAGAAAGGAAAGGAAGGGAAAAAAGGUGAAGGUAAAUUGGAGGACCAUGCUAACAAUGACUUUGACUUUCAUGAUUAUGGUCACACCCUUACUCAUCCCAAAAACAACGUCAAAGAAGGCCAGAUGGGCCCAGGCCCAAUAAUGGGUCAUCAGAUGAAGAAUAUUCCAUCAGUGCAAGGACUUCCUGCGAUGAACGAUGAUGGUGGGUAUUAUCAAGGGGUGCAAAUGCAGCAUGCUCCAUAUAAUAACCUUCAGCAGCAGCACUACAUGGGUAUGAUGAUGAACCAGCAGCAGCAUCAACAUCAGCAAGCAAAUCUGAAUAACAACAUGUACCCAACAUCCAUGAUGUAUGGUAGGUCACAUCCAUCUAUGAACUACAUGCCACCACCUCCUAUGCCAUCUCACCCAAUGGCCGAUCCUAUUACUCAUACCUUCAGUGAUGAGAAUGUUGAGAGCUGCAGUAUCAUGUAAUUAAUUACUAGUGACAACUUGCUUUUCUGCUAUAUGUUUUGGUCUUUUUAGGAAAAUCAUUAAAUUUUGUGUAGGACGGAAAAUGUGUGAUGUUUAGGGUUAUAUUAUAUAAUAUAUUAUAAUAAUACAAUGUUUGUUCAUUUUAUUUA